AUGUCCACUAUUAUUUCAAGUGGUACAAUCAAUCAGCAUGAUGUUAUCACCCAGGAUACUCGUUUGGAUCUCGCUACUUCUCUUUCGAGUGUAGCUUUAAGCAAUUCUCGGUAUUAUGAUGCUUCCAGUUCACUCAUAACCGAUUUGUUUUGGUUUAUCAGCUAUUGCUUCUACACUGUGAUAUCCAACAUCCUCUACUACAUCCCAACGGUGAUCAUCUCAAUUCUCACACAUACAUUUCAGUUCAGUCUGUCGUUCACCAGCAUCUUGCUUUUGUUGCUUGUUGUUAUUGUUGUUGCCUACGGUUAUGUUCGAUAUAUAUACCUCACGAAGUACUCAAGGCUACCUGAAGAGCCCAAAAGGCAGGAACCCACAAUUGAUACUUUCCUAGAGCCACCUGUGGAAUAUGGGAAAUCAAGAGUGAGCUACAUAGAUGAGUUUCUAAGUGCCAUCAAAAUCUUUGGCUAUUUGGAUAAGUCUGUGUUCCAUGAGUUAACUAAGAGUAUGCAAACCCAGAAACUAGACUCAGGAGAAAUUCUCUUCUUGGACGAUACCUCUGGUUUCACAAUCUGUGUUGACGGAGAGAUACAAGUGUAUUUUAAAGUUGGCGAUGACAAGGUGCAGAAACAAGGUCCCUUUGCUAAGGAUAAUUCCAAAGAUGUUGUUGUUGUCGAUGGCGUUCGUUACCAGCUUUUAAACAACGUUAAGAGCGGUGCACCUGUUUCCUCCUUUAUUGGAGUGUUGAGCCUUUUGACCAAUCAGUCAUCCCUGUUGAGGUAUGCUGCUCCUACUCCUUCGCUACUAAGUCCAGAAAGCCUAAACCGCAAGUCCCUUCCUAUGCCAUCAGAUGGUUUUGCCUUGGAUGAUACAUUAGGGUCGUGUUCUCCGGCAAUCAGUUCGCCCGAUGUGCAAAGUAACAAUGGAAGAGCAUCUUCCAGAUAUUCACGUCAUUCAACCAAAGUAGAUUCUCUCUCUGUACACAAGAAUGUCUGGCAGCCUUCCAAAGCUCUAAAUGGAAAGGAUCUUGAUAAAAAUAUAUCGCCAACCGAGACAGAUCCUGACGGCUUCUUGAACGAUGUUGGUGUUGUUGAUGGGCAGCCAUCCUCGAAUUCUUUUCCAAAGGCUGUGCAUGGCGUACCACAAAGUAUCAACAAUACAUCGCUGGCUGGAAACUUUCCGAUUUCUGGAGACAUGGGAAACACUUCAUUGGGAUCUAAGGUGAAUGGCUCCGGAGUGGAACUCAUCGCAAUUCCCAAGGGUAACUGCACGAUUUCUAUCAUUCCUCGUGAGUCGUUUAUCAAAAUUGCUCACAAGUAUCCGAAAGCAACUACUCACAUCAUUGACAUGAUCUUGACAAAGCUCUACAGGGUGACUUUCCAAACCGCAAACGACUAUUUGGAUCUCACUUCCGACAUUUUUGAGACCGAAUUGAAUUUGAACAAUAGAAUUACCUACAAGCUGCCUGGCUAUCUACAUGAUACUAUUAUAGAAUCCCUUGAUUUGGAGGCAGAUUCCGCUGCUAAUGCCGACGACUCCAAUUUGCCCUAUUCAGAGAUCUCGACUUCAAAGUCUCAGUCUGCCAAAACGCGUCCUGCUAUAGUUAUCAGAUCUAGUCGGCAUUUUCAAAAUUCGAGUUGUGAUGGUACCGUAUCUACUUCUCCAAAGGUAUGUCGGGACAGUGAUGGUCUGAAUAGUGUAAAAAUGAGCUUAAAAGAGCAAGGUAGUCUUGCAGGUGCCAGUAAUAUGCAACCUCAAAAAAGUAACUUUUCCUCUGCUCUCAGGUCUAACAGUAUGUUUAGCCUCAGAUCAAACGAUGAAGGUGUGAAUUCCAUGGAUGUUACAAAUAAGAGGCCGUCACUAAUUCAUCAUCCAAGUUCUUCGGCCAGGCAUUUUACUUUGAAGUCUAGAAACAAGCCAAAUCCGGGUGAUUUGGUUUCAAAUGCCCCCUUACCUAAAAAUGAGUCUGACAUGACGUUUGACGGAUCCAAAUUUAUCGGAAGAAAUGAUUCAUUCCGAAAUUCUGAGGAGUUUGAUGACUCCAUUUGGGCUUCUGCUCUUUCGGAUGCUAUCAGUGAGGCAAUUGGAAUAGUGAAAGAUGUAUUCACAUGGAAUGAUUCGUUUCCUUCUUCUUCAAUCGCUAGCACUCAAUACAGUUCGCAGGUAAUUAGUUCUUUAACUGCAAUUAACAUUGUUCCGACUGUUGAGGAAGGCCACAGUUCGGAUGCACACAAAUAUCUGACAACUGGAUUCAAGUUUCAUGGAAAUAUGGAUGAUGAUUCUGUCGGAAGUAACUCGGAAAAUGGGGCUUCAGAUUAUGAGGCAGUGAAGAAAGAUCUUGCGGACGAGAUUCAGGUUAUGAGGAUUAGUAAGGGUACUAAAAUUAUUAGAGCCGGUGAACAGACACCCGGUAUUUAUUAUGUUAUUGAUGGUUCUCUUGAUGUCUCUUACUGGAAGGGAGAUAUGGAAGAGCUUGAUGAUGAUGAUGAUUCCCCAUAUUCAAAGAUAUUAUACUACCGUCGCAGGCGUUCAAAGAAUCUAAAAGGUAAUCAGCAAUAUUUAUUUACCGUUGGCAAGGGUGAGAUAGCAGGAUAUCUCGGAACAUUGAUUGGAUCGAAGUCGUUUAUUGAUGUCAAGGCAACUGAAACCACGUAUGCGGCAUUCGUUCCAAGGGAUGUUUUUGAUUUCAUGAUUGAACGAUAUCCUAGAGUUGAGUCAUGUAUUGCAAAGCAUUUGUUGACUGUUCUAGAUCACAGACUUUAUCUCACUGACUAUGCUAUGGAGUGGGUUCACUGUCCUGCAGGUAAAUCGUUAUACAAUCAGGGAGACCCGGCAAAUGGAAUUUAUGUUGUGCUCAAUGGCAGGUUCCGUUCAGUGAAGGUUAAUUCGGUUGAUAAGAGACAUGUGAUAUUGGGUGAACACGGCCAAGGUGAGUCCUUGGGUGAAGUGGAAGUUCUUACGAAAACACGCCGUAUUGUCACAUUGGUUGCAAUUAGGGAUUCUGAAUUGGCCAGAAUACCUCGUACUUUAUUUGAGUUGAUUGCCCUUAGUAAUCCGUCGAUCAUGGUGAGUGUCUCACGACUAGUUGCAAACAGAGUCAAGAGUACUAUGGCCAAUGAUCCAAGUCUUUCGCCUACCCCGGGCAUUAGUCCGCAUGUGAAAGAUGAGCCCUUGUAUCAGACAUUCUCGAAUUUCCGUACUCUAACUAUCCUUCCGGUUACCCAGGGACUUCCUGUUACAGAAUUUGGCGAGAGACUAGGACUUGCUUUGGAGGCCAUAGGACAGUCCGUCAAGAUUUUGAAUCAAAGUUCUGCCUUGACCAAUCUUGGUAAGCAUGCAUUCGAUCGACUUGCCAAGAUGAAGCAGAGUGGUUACUUUGCAGAACUGGAGGAGAAGUACGAUAUUGUUCUAUAUCUGGUUGAUUCGAUUGCGAACUCGUCAUGGACAAAAACAUGUAUACAGCAAGGCGAUUGUAUUUUGCUGAUAGCAGAUGCAACGGCAUCACCAAAUGUUGGAGAGUAUGAGAGACUUCUAGUAAAGACCAAAACAACAGCAAGGACAGAACUUGUUCUGUUGCAUCCGGAGAGAUAUGUUCGUCCCGGUUUGACCAACAAAUGGUUGAAGAAUCGGAUAUGGGUUCAUGCUUAUCAUCAUAUCCAGAUGCAAUGCAGUAAAGUACACACAGUUUCGCCAAAUGUUGCACAUCAGGAUGCUGAUGUUUUGCGAAUUGAAAAAUUGCCUGGUCUUCUCAGCAAAUCCACAAGGAUCAUAAAGGAUAAUUUGAAAAAUCGUGUAGAGAGUAUUGUGGCCAGAAAUGAUCUGCUUCUUCGUCUGACGAGAGAUUCGUUCCGGUCGAAGAAGUAUUAUCAGCCCAUGCAGGUGCAUAAGGACGACUUCAUGAGACUUGCACGUCUAUUGACGGGUCAAUCUGUGGGACUAGUUUUAGGUGGUGGUGGUGCUCGAGGUAUUAGUCAUGUUGGAAUUAUCAAAGCAUUGGAGGACAAUGGUAUUCCCGUUGAUAUGAUUGGUGGAACUUCAAUUGGUGCCUUUGUUGGCGGCUUGUAUGCAAAAGAGUACGACUUUGUGCCUAUGUACGGUAGAGUGAAAACCUUUGCAGGUAGGAUGGGCUCCUUAUGGAGAUCGUUGUUUGAUCUCACCAUUCCAGUCACUUCUUACAUCACAGGUCAUGUGUUCAACAGAGGUGUCUGGAAGGCAUUUGGAGAGUCAAGAAUUGAGGAUUUCUGGAUUAAGUAUUAUGCCAAUUCUACCAAUAUAACAGAAUCCUUAAUGGAGGUCCACACAAGCGGAUACGCAUGGCGUUAUAUUAGAGCAUCAAUGUCUCUAGCGUCCCUUUUGCCGCCAAUCACCGAUAAUGGAAACAUGCUUUUAGAUGGUGGUUACGUUGAUAAUCUUACGGUUGAAGAGAUGAAAAGGAGAGGAGCCAAAAUUAUUGUUGCAUGUGAUGUUGGUUCGGCAGAUGAUAGAACGCCGAUGGAUUAUGGGGAUUCUCUCAGCGGAUUUUGGGUCCUCAUGAACCGUAUUAAUCCAUUUUCGAAACAUCCGAAUGUGCCAACAAUGGCAGAUAUACAAAUGAGACUAGCAUACGUUGCUUCUGUCAAUGCUUUGGAUAGAGCCAAGAAUACAUCUGGCUGUUUGUAUCUUAGGCCACCAAUUGAGGGUUAUGCCACGCUUGAUUUUUCAAAGUUUGAUGAGAUUUACAGGACAGGUUACACGUAUGGAAGCAAAAUAGUUAAAAAAUUGAAAGAUGACAAUGAAUUUCCUGUCCUUAAGGUUAAAAAACGGGAGGCAUUGGGUGUUCACCCUUUAAGGAGAAGGUAUUCUAUUUAA